AUGGAGCUUUCUCAACCUCCGUCUUCUGGGUCCACCGUUACGUCCUGGAAAGACUCUUUCGACGCUUCAGAACGAACAAGAAAGCAGAUCAAGCGGUUCGCCGAGUUCCAUACCGUCGAUUGGCUUCAUGAGUCUCUAUUGGAAAAUAAAAACUAUUAUGAUGCCAUCCAUUCAAAAGUUCAAUACCAUGGCUCUUUCCAAGACAGAUUGAAAACUUUCACCGCCAAAUUCGUGGUUUCCAUACAGAGCUGGAUAGUUUUGACCAUCAUGGGCGUCUGUAUCGGGCUUAUAGCGGCCGCUAUCAACAUCCUUACUGAAUGGCUUGGAAACUUCAAGACAGGGUAUUGCAAAACAAACUUCUAUCUGAACCAGGAGUUCUGCUGUUGGGGAGAAGAAGAGGACUGUGAAAGUUGGCAACGAUGGUCAGAUCACGCAAUUCUCCGAUAUUUGAUCUUCAUUUUCAUCUCUGUCACAUUCGGUACUAUCGCAGCUCUCCUCUGUCGCGCAUACGCACCUUCGGCCGCUGGAUCGGGAAUCUCGGAGGUCAAGUGCAUUGUCUCGGGGUUUGUGAUGGACGGGUUUCUUGGAUGGUGGACUCUGAUUAUCAAAUCUAUCGCAUUACCCUUGGUUAUAUCUUCGGGACUCAGUGUGGGGAAAGAAGGACCCAGUGUUCAUUAUGCUGCUUGUGUUGGUAACGUGAUACCCAAACUGUUCAAGCGGUUUGGACGAUCUUACUCGUCGCUCUCCCAAUUUCUGACCGCAGGAUCGGCUGCCGGAGUGGCUGUUGCAUUUGCUUCCCCGAUCGGAGGAGUUUUGUUUUCCAUCGAGGAAAUCACUUCAAACUUCAAACUCUCCACGCUCUGGAAGAGCUACUAUUGUGCAUUGGUGGCCACGGGCACUCUUUCGGCGAUGAACCCUUUCAGAACGGGUCAGAUCGUCAUGUUCGAGGUCAAAUACGAGUCUUCGUGGAAAUAUUUCGAAAUACCCUUCUUUAUGAUUCUGGGAGUCUUUGGCGGAGUUUAUGGUAUCGUGGUGGCUAAACUGAACAUCAAGGUCGUUGCAUUUAGACAGAAGUAUCUAUCGAACCAUGCCAUUCGCGAAGUUGUCUUGCUGUGUCUUUUCACCUCUGCGAUUGGGUAUUUCAAUGAGUUUAGCAGACUUGAAAUGAGUGAAGGAAUGCAGAUAUUGUUCCACGAAUGUGGAGGCGAGUUUGACCAUUCGUUGUGCAAAAUCGAGAAAAACGUUGGUUUGCGAUUCAAGUUCUUUGUGAGUCUCAUCUACGCAACAUUGUUGAGAGUCUUUCUUGUUGUGAUCUCGUACGGUUGCAAGGUGCCGUGUGGUAUAUUUGUUCCGUCCAUGGCAGCAGGAGCCACGUUUGGUCGUGCUGUUGGUUUGCUGGUGGAAACACUCAACCCGUGUACUGGUGCAAACGAGGGGACUUGUACGAUAUCCGGAACAUAUGCCUUUUUGGGAGCUGCUGCUGCGCUGAGUGGUAUCACACACUUGACAUUGACGGUGGUUGUGAUUAUGUUUGAACUGACCGGUGCGAACCGGUACAUUAUUCCAACCAUGAUUGUGGUUGGAGUGACCAAGAUCAUCAACGACAAAUGGGGAAUUGGGUUCGGAGGAAUUGCAGACCAGAUGAUCAAGUUCAACGGAAUACCAUUUUUGGACCCAAAGGAAGAGCACGAUUUCGAGGACCACAAGAUCACUGACUGUAUGGCCGACCAGGUGGUCACUUUGCCGGCCACGGGAGCAACUUACAAAGACCUGGAGCAAGUUUUGGCAGAAACACCGUUCCAAACGUAUCCGAUUGUUGCUGAGGACGGGACCACUGUUCUAGGACUUGUGAAACGGACGGAUCUGUUGCUUGGACUGAACCACCACAAACACAAACGCAACAUGGUGAUCCCAUUGGACACUCCGGUGUGUUUUGUUUCGCAAACCAGGGCUGACGACGAGUCGGACAUGCUCAAGCUCGAGACCUAUGUGGAUCACCAGUACUACCGGAUCAACAUCAACAGUUCCUUCAACACGUUGCUCAACAUUUUCAUGAAACUUGGGCCCAAACUGGUGGUUGUUGAGGAUUUCGGCAAGCUUUCCGGGAUCAUCUGCCGUAAGGAUCUGAUCAUGUUUGAAUUACACCUUCAUCAACACAAACACGAAGACAUCUUUGUGACCGACUCUGACGAAAAAUUAUUUGCUCUUGUUUGGAAAUUUGCAAACUGGAUUCAUGAUAAAGCGUUCGCAUUAGUCCAUCGUAAGCGGCAACCAAUUGUUGUUUUAGAUUUGGAUGAAUAA